AGCCAACUGCGUUGCGUUUCAAAAGCCGUGAAUUGUGAAAACAGAUUAUUUAUUCCAACUACACAUAAUUCUCCAACUCUCUUUAUAUAGUGAUCCUGAUCAAGAAACCUCCUUCCUCAGAUUACUAAUUUUAAUCAAAAUGGCUAGCAUCCGCGACGAUGAGGCCUACCCGGAUGGAGCAAGCCAGGGAAAAAAUGGACCAGAAAAUGAUGAUCAUGAGAAGAAAGAAGUACUUUCAGUUGAGAUGAUUUUUAAGGACAAGGAAGUUCCUACAUGGAGAAGUCAGCUGACUAUCAGGGCCUUUGUUGUCAGCUUUGUGUUGGGAAUUCUGUUUAGUGUUAUAGUGAUGAAGCUUAAUUUAACCACAGGGAUCAUACCUUCUCUUAACGUCUCCGCGGGGAUGUUGGGAUUUUUCUUUAUUAAGGUAUGGACCGCGUUCUUGGAUAAAUCUGGAUUGUUGAAAGUACCAUUUACCAGGCAGGAAAAUACAUGUGUGGUCGCGACAUCUGGUAUUGCUUUCAGUGGAGGAUUUGGAAACUUCUGUGGUACUUUCAUCUUGAUGGCCCAAGCUGUAUAAUUACUUUUUGCCAGCAUUGGGUAACUCAAGCCUAUAGAUCCUCCUUUCGCUUUGUUCAUGUCCAUCGUUGAUGCUUCUGACAGUUGCCAAGUUCUUCCUGCUCUGAUGCCAAGUGUGGUAAUACUAUGUAAUACUAACUGUUUGUGUAAACUGAGAGAAAGAAAUUAUACGUGCUUUGUCAAAAGACAUAGUUUUAUUAGCUAAGAUGUGGAAAGAUGGAAUUUUGUAUAUUUCUUUUCUAAUUUUCCUUUUUAUUGCUGUAAAUUUUGAGUGUGUUUUUCUCGAUUAAAUGAGACAUCGGUGGUGUCAAACUUUAUAUACAG